UUUCUGGUGGUGCUACUGGCCGCAGGGAUGCUCGCUUUCCUUGGUGCAAUCAUUUGCAUCAUCGCGAGCGUCUACCCUGCGGCCAGCCAUGCCGGAGCCCUGCAAGGUGCUGAUAAUGGCUCCAAUGCCGCGGCCUCUGCCCUGCUGCCCGCCUCCGGGUCCGACAAGACGCUGGGCGCCCUCCACGGGACCGGCGAAAGCAGCUACGGGGGCUUCUCGACAGGCGCCCAGGACUCUGUGCUAGACCUCCUGGCUAGCGCCCGGCCGCAGCAGCACCAGCAACUCUUCAGCCGCUUCCUGUGCACCCCGCUGACGGUCGAGUGCCCCGCGGAAGGAAGCCCGCAAGGGGACAGUCCCGCGGCGGCGGCGGCGGCGGCGGCGAGCGAGGAGCUGUUCUUCCUCCAGAGCACGGCCGAGCAGCUUAGGCAGACGGCGCAGCAGCAGAAGGAGCAGAUCCGCACCGACCAGGAGACUAUCCGGGAGCUGACCACCAAGCUGAGCCAGUGUGAGAAUGGGCUGGAGCUCAGUUUCCAGGACAGUCCCUCAGUCUGGGGGGUCCCCAGGCAAGACGCCAUGCCCAUGGACGACCUGUCGUGGGAUUCGCCUGUUAUGAUCCAGGAACUGGAGGAAGCGGUUAGGUCUCUGAAAGACAGGAUUGACAAGAUCGAGCAGGAUAUUCCCACUCGAAUGAAUGCUUCUUCUACUUCUGCCCCUGUGCCAGCUCAAGAGACCAUCCACACCAAGAUGGAGGAACUGGAAGGACAAAUCCUCUCUAAGCUUUUAGCUCUGGAGAAAGAACGCACCUCCAUCACCAGCAGCCACAAUGUACAGCAACAAAAUGUCGAAAAGGAGCUGGAUACUCUCCAUAACCGAGUCUCUGAGCUUGAGCAUGAAACAACAGUCUUCAAUGCUCCAGAAGCCUUUAAAGUUUCCAUCCCUGUACGAAACAACUACAUGUACGCUCGGAUGAAGAAAAGCUUGCCUGAACUAUAUGCCUUCACUAUCAGUAUGUGGCUAAAAGCUAAGAAUUCAGCAGAAGUGGGCACCCCUUUCUCCUAUUCUGUUCCUGGACAAGCCAAUGAGCUUGUACUGAUAGUAUGGGGAAACAAUCCUAUGGAACUUAUAAUUAAUGACAAGGUGGCUCAUCUGCCCAUGACUUUAAAGGAUGGGACAUGGCACCAUAUUUGCAUUACAUGGAUCACUCGGGAUGGCAUUUGGUCUGUGUAUCAAGACGGAGUCGAGCGUGGAGCCAGUGAUAACCUAGCAUCUUGGCAUGCAAUCAAACCUCAUGGAGUGAUGAUCUUGGGCCAGGAACAGGAUACAUUGGGAGGGAGAUUCGAUGCAACUCAGGCGUUCGUUGGGGAAAUUUCUCAGUUCAACAUGUGGGAUCAUGUCCUGAUGCCAGCAGAGAUCGUGGGUCUGGCCAACUGCACCAGCCAGCUGCAAGGCAACAAAGUCCAGUGGGAUGAGAAGUUGGUUGAAGUCCAUGGAGGGGCAGCCAAAUUAAGUUUUGAAAUCUGUGAGGCAAAAAUGAAGGCAUAA